AGGCCCUGCACUCCACCGUUUACCGUAACUGUCCUCGGUGCAUGGAGUGAUCUGCUCUGCCCAAUUCGGCGGCGCGCGGGGGUGGGAAGGCGGGCUCGGUUCGGUCGUGCGACCCGUCCUCUUCGCCGGCGCCAUCAGCACGAACGACGCGGCAUUCCGCGGCGCCUCGCACCACCUCACAGAAUCAUUCCGCGGCGCCUCGCACCACCUCACAGAGUCCUUCCGCGGCGUCUCGCACCACCUCACAGAACUGGAGCUGGCGAGCGACGGCCCCAUCGUGAACCUGUCCCCUGAGGCUCGCCAGAAGAAGCACGCCGAGCAGUUCGAGAAGGAGUUCGAGGUGGAGAUCAGCAUGACCCGGGCGCAUGAGACCGGCCUCAAGCUGGGCCUAGUGUUGGCCUGGCUGAACGUCUGGGAGCCCGUUUUCGUCGACACGGUCCAGUCAAAUUGAGCCUCGUCGAGGAAUGGAACGUCGCGCAUCCAGACAAGGCGAUCCACCCUCGCGAUCAGAUAGUGAAAGUCAACGAUAUCAGUUUUCACCACAGUGCGGAAACGUUCCUGGAGCAUCUGAGAGGGCAGUUCUUAGCGGGGCGUAAAUUGGUACCUGGGGCAAAGAAUGUAUUGACAUUAUUGGUGCAGAGGCCGAAGACGCAGAGAGAACGCCGUUUUGCCGACCAGCGUGAUGACUUGCACCGUCAAUUGUACAGCAAGGAAUUCACGGUCGAGCUUGACGUACCUAAGAACGAGACGUCAUUGAAGACGAUGGACAAAGUGCUUGGAUGGGAGCUAAAGUCUUCUGUCGAUUGGGAGCCAGUGACCAUCAACAAUAUAUUGAAGGGAGGUAUUGUGGAACAGUGGAACACAAACAACCCAGAAAAAAUGAUUUUGGUGGGAGAUGAGCUUCUCCAUGUCAACAAGAGGCACUGGCUGCGAAACUCCACCGUCUUCCUGAGCCACCUCAAGUUCAACUACGAGCACCGCGACCGCCUCGACGGCACCUUCUCCAUCGGGCUGCGGCGGCCCCGCCCGGUCCAGGAAAGAAGUGAUAGGUCUUCGGCGCGCGAUGCCCUGUACAAGCAGACCUACAGCAGGGAGUUCACAGCCGCCUUUCAGCUUCCCGAGGACGAUACGUCAGACAAAACAAUGGAUGACACCAUGGGGUGGCAGCUGAAUGUCACAAAGAACUGGGAGCCCGUGACGAUCAGCAAGGUCAUGCCCGGUGGCGCACUGGCCCGAUGGAACGAGGCCCACCCCGAGGACGCAAUAGUGGAGGGCGACGAAAUCCUUCACGUCAACAAGAGGCACUGGGUGCGCAACUCCACGCUCUUCCUGUCACACAUGAGGUACAACUACGAGCACCGCCGCAACCUGACGGCCAACGGCACCCUCUCCCUCGGUCUGCGCAGGCCCCGCCUCGUCGAGGAGGCCCAUGAGCAGGCCCUCCGGCUGUCCAACGUCUCCCAGAAGAUCGAGCUCGCGCUGGGCUACUGGAACGUCUUCUUCCCCGACGAGCCCAUCAACAUCUCCAACAGGCGCAUGGGCGACGCCGUGCAGUCCCUGCUCCUCUCGCGGGUCGCGGGCGCCGAGGACGAGGCGCCAGCGGCCGCCGCGAACGACUCCUCCGCCGUGGCCGCGGGGGACGCCCCGAGCCCUGCGAACGGCACCGAUGACGACUCAGACGUCAUCGGCGCCAGCGAAGAUGCCAGCGAAGACGAGGAUCAAGAUCCAUGACUGAGUGCCCGGGGCGGUGCCUCGAGCAUCGAGGUUCGAAGUUAUGUGUAUAGAUCGUAAUUGAUUAUAUCUAUACGGCUCGGGAAUGCCUCGGGCCUCCGGAGAUAUUUUCUGAGCCUUCUCCGAAGACACGGUGCCUGCGCCCUCACGCAGGGCUGCGCGACAGGCUUCCGGGUGGCCUGUCGCCUCGGAGCCCUCUGCAGACGGCUUGCUGCUCCUCCUCGCUGCCCCCCCCCCUUGGGCUCGCUGCCGGAGGUCGGGGCGCCCGUGUGGCGGCCUGGCCGUGGCCCCCCCGGGGGGGCCUCCGCAGAGGUCUCGCGAGGACGUGCACCAGCCGAGCGUCGCCCCGACGUCUGGGCCCGGCGAGGUCCCCGCGCCCGCGGCGGCGGCGGGGCUCGGUUCGAUGCCUCCAGGUCGCUUCGGUGCCGCUUAAACCCAGACCUCCCCGCGCUGCGAGAAGAAGCACCACGGGAGGUCUCUUGCUGCG